CUCACCCAACCUGUCAACUCCCUAACCAUGAACUCCUCGCGUAGCAAAGUCCGCAAAUACGACUUCGCCUGCCUGGAAUGCCGCCGCCGAAAAGUAAAAUGCGACGGGCGCCGACCGACAUGCGUCAACUGCUCGCGCACGAAAGCGACCUGCCACUACCGGGACCAGUCAGUCUUUGUCGUUCGUUUGGCGGACGAAUUGCAAGUCUACAAAGCGCGUGUGGAAGAGUUGGAAACCCAGAUUGAGGAGCUUGCGAUUAUGGACUCGCCUGCGAGAGAUCACCGACUUCCGGAGAUGGUCGCCAGUCUGCGACAGCGACGGUCGCAAUCGGAUGAGCUGCCUUGUGCGGAAUUCGCUUCUCCAGGUGUUGAGAAUGAGGGACCGACUUUAUCUGAUGAGAUUUCGUUUGACGGUGGGGCGCAGUUUAGUGUUGACGUUGAUGGGAGACAGCAAUAUUUCGGCGCGACGUCCCGGUUCCAUGCAUUGUCAGAUAGCCGUGCGCUCGUCGCUGAUGCUCCAGUGUCUGAUGGUCCUCAGCUCCAGGAGAUGCAAUCUUACCAUAAGAAGUGGCUGGUUUCGAACGCUCGCUUCCAGGAUUCAUGGGAGCGGAUGGCGUAUUCUAAUAUUCAGGCCUAUACGGAUGCUGAUUCCAGUACUUGCUCUAGCCUUCUCAAGAUCUACUGGGCGUGGCAGGCGCCUCUUCAUAAUUAUGUUUACCGACGAUUGUUUUUCCGCGACAUGGCACUUGGAGGCCCCUAUUUCUCCAAGUUCUUGUUCAACACAAUUCUAGCUCACGCGUGCCGCCAUAUGCCCGAAAACGAUCCUAGGUUCGCCCGGUUUGAGAGAGGCGAAACGUUCCUGCAACAGGCAAUGCUGCUCCUCAUUGACGAGAUGAAGCAGAAUAAGCCUAGAAUCCCCACUAUCCAAGGGCUCCUGAUCCUGGGUGGCAGACAGUGCGCGGUAGGGAAAAGUAGCGAAGGCUGGCUUUAUACCGGAAUGGCAAUUCGAAUGGUCACGGACCUUGGGUUACAUUUGAGGAGAGACAAAUCUAGCAUGUUGAGCAUGGAGCCGGAUGACCUUGAGGUGCGGAAAAGGCUAUAUCUUUCGGUUUAUGCAUGGGACAAAUCAAUCAGCCUUUGCUUGGGACGUCCGCCUUCGCUGCCAGAUAUGCCGUUCACUUCGUCCACACUGCUGGACCUAUCAGACGACCAAGACCUGUGGCAGCCACCGCACCUCCUGGAGACAGAUAAGCUCUACCCCGACACAAAGUGCCAUAGCACCGUAACCUUCCAGUACUUUUGUAAUCUAGCCGCAAUUAUCAACGAGAGCUACAACACAGUCUACAGCGAGGAUGUGCGCAACAUCAAUCCGGCCGCGGUUUUCAACCUCGAGAAGAAGCUACAUUCCUUUCACGAGCAGCUACCCAGCUUCGUCCGCGUAGAUGACGCAGAGAAUGUUCAAUCCUGCGUGCCUCCUCAUAUAUUGUGUCUCAAUAUCCUCUACCACACAAUGCUCAUCCUAAUCUUCCGCCCCUUCUUCACAUGGCGCUGGCACUCGAAACUCCGCGACCAGCCGCUCGCCGUCCGCGCCCAACAAGUCUGCACAGACCAGACUAUAGCCGUAAAUGAACUCUUCCGCACGUACGGCCGCCUAUUCGCCUUUCAGUACCAAAGCUACCUAGUAUCUUACUGUGUCUACACGGCCGCGACGAUUGAUGUCCGGCUUAUGCAGCACGAUGAUAAGGCUGUUGCUGAGAUGGCUGCGGGCCGUUUAACGAUUACACUGCAGAUGCUCGAGACAGAAGUCAAGCAGACGCCAGGCAUUAAGCGGAGUAUAGAGAUUAUUCGAUCGCAUCUUGGGCCCCAGUGGGCGUCCGAGACCCCCGUUUCGCAUGGCGCGCUACCAGGCGGGAGGGGGUGGAAUGGUGAACAGCGACACGAUGGGCCCGCCAACGAGAGUAUUCAACAUCUGCUACACACUCCCGUGUCGACCUCGGAGGAACCAAACGUGUACAACCCGUCAAUGGGCGCUGGGGGAACAGAGCCACUGCUAAUUGACGGCAUGCACGGGCUCGUCAACCCAGAGCUUCAGGUGGACUCCGAGUCGGCAUUUCUGGGGUGGAAUUUGGAUGAUUUUGGAGGUGGCUUUGUGCCGGACAUGGCUUAUUGGAGUUCGUUCCAGUAAAAGUGCCAGGGUCAACCCCACACUCACCACAGCGUCCCCGCUUUGAGGCCUUGCGGGAAGAUACCGGAGCAUCAGACGAUACUAUUUCGGCAAGAUGCCGCGCACGUUUCUCGGUCAAACUCCGAGGGUUAUGUGUUCUCUUCUCGUCGCCACAUUUACUCCCGUGGAAAAGGCAGGACUUUCCUAUGGCCACCGGUUCUAUCAAGAAUACCCUUUUGCAAAAAACAACCCACAGUGCCAGAUCUGCAAAUAACGUCGCUGCCGUGGACGUAGUGCAACAGGUACCCGCAUUCAACAGACGAGCAGAUAGAAUAAAAAGAAGCGUUGGGCCGCUGUGCUUGGCAUUUCGUUUCCCCCUCCUCUCCCGCGUCUUGGUUUCUUGGUGUUCCUCGAGGCUCAGCGUGCCACGUGCUCAGACCUCGGGGCGGGGGUUUCUGCGGAGGUACAAUUCUCAACUCCCUAAGUUUGAUCAAUCAUGUGGGAUUAGCUAGGAGGUAGGGACUGAAUAGACCAAAUUAAGAGACUUUGCUCUGACG